CGAUGUAUUUUAAAGAUCAAUGCUUCCUUUUCACGAUGCUUCCCUUUGGUUUUGUGUCUGUUCUUUUCUUCUCAUGGUUUCAUUGCCGGGCUGUUGCAGACCAAGAAACAAAAGUCGUCGAUGUGCGAGGUAAACCUCUCAGCCGAGGUACAGUUAAAGGAAUGGCUUAUGCCAAAUUUAAGGUUCACAAGUUUUCCUACCUCAACAUCACUGCUAUUGGUUCGCAUUAUGUUGGAAAGGGCAGUGAGUGUGGAUUUGCUUGCGUCAACAUUCCGUCGUGUUUUUCGUUUAACCUGGCUGAAUUUCAAGAUAUCAAUGGCAAAGUUCUGUGUGAAUUACUUCCAUCGGAUUUGUACAACAACUCAGACAAGCUUGUCCCUAUUCAGAGUCACCAUCACUUUAGUAUCGCAUCUCCAUGUUUCAAAUGGCCUUGUCAGAACAAUGGGAAAUGUGCGGCACAGUACGAGAAGAACAGUUACGUGUGCGUUUGCGCGAAAGGAUACACAGGGGAACAUUGUGAAACGGAUAUUGACGAGUGCAGUGCUUCCAUCAGGCCCUGUGACGUCAAUGCAAACUGCCAGAACAGUUAUGGCUCCUACACAUGUUCAUGCAAAAGUGGAUUUUAUGGGAAUGGAAAAACAUGCUGGACUCUCAUCGCUCGAUUCUCAAACAGCGAUGGCAAGAAUUGGAUGCGUGACGAUGGAUUUUGGUGGUAUGACCGACAAAUUGCCACUGGAACGACAAACAACCCUUUAGUGAACGACGAUAUGAUUUCAACAGCCUUUUGGUCGAUCAGCGGCAGAGAAAUAAAGAUCACGCGCAGUGACGACCCCAGCCACAACCCUUUGUUACAGACCACAGGUAACUGUUUGGGUGGACAAACAUUCCGAUCUAAAAUCACAAGUUAUGGCGACUUUAGAAAUGGCAAGGUCUGGGCCAGUGAUCAGUGUCUGGGAAGUUGUACGGUUCAAUAUGGCGGACAAUAUAAUUCAACAGACGGGUUUCAACAGGCUGAUUGCAAUGGAAACAUCCAGAGCGCUAAGAGGAUCGGCUUCUGGUGUGACUGGGAAAGUGGGGAUGGAGCAGUGGUGAUGAUUGGUGGGGGAGGAAGUAGAUGUGCACGUGCUGAUCAUGGGAUUGGGAUCACAGAAACUAACGAAGCUUCUUUUGUUGACCUGGGAAGCAGUGCCACUGAAUAUGACUUUGGUUACGAUGCUAACAUAAAUAACGCUCCAACCCAGUCUUACUCGUUGAAUUUGUGGAUCCGUUAG